AUUUCAUCUGGCGCUAAUCUGUGGGGCAGGAGACGGCCGGAGUGCGGAGGCUUCCGUUCGUGUGAGGGACUCGUACGCGGGCGGCUCCAUUCUCUCUGGCUCCCGCGGGAGAGACUUCACCCCAGAAUGAACCUGUUCUGCUUCUCCCUGGAGGGCUCAAUGGACAGCCUGUACGAGGCGGUCCGGGACGAGGACGCGGGGAGGGUGUACUCCGUCCCCAGCCGGUCCCACAGCCGGCCCUGCAGCCCCGCCGCGCCGCUCGACCUCACCGCCAAGUGGUGCGUCUCCGAGCGCUCCGUCUCCAUGGACCUGUCACAAAUCCACACCACAAAUUCAAAAAAGAAGAAAAGAAAACCUCUUGUACCAAAAUCCAUGUCUGACAAUGAAGUACUAGAUAAUACUGACUGUGUUAACGCCUACUGGCAAACACCCAAAAAGAGAGAAGAUUUAGUCCACAUCAGGAACAGUCAAAAUGAAGAGCUGGGGAUGGAUCUGUUACGGGCCAGUUUUCAAAGGGGGGAGGACGGACUGCACCAACUCAACCCCCAGAGGAGGGGGACGGAACAGACCAUUCAGGUGCUGCGCUCUGAGGCCUGGGUUCCCAGCUGGGAGCGCCCCAGCAGCACGCCACAGGCCCCGAUCCCGGAGCCAAGAGGAACUCAGCGCAGGACCCAGAAAUCAGGCCGCUCAAAGAAGGGGGGCCAGGGUGUACCCGAAGAGGGCAGGAACACCUUCCACUCAAACGGUCGCCCCGCAGACCCCAUGCCUGGUGACGAUGCUGCGGAGGCAUCCUGCGUGGGUCUGAAGAAGGGGGAGAAGAGGCCAAACACCCCCCAGCAGGCCCAGGAGAACGCACUCCCCUCCUGCGCACCUGGCCCUGGGGGGCCCCUAAACCGCCAGCGCUGGAGCACCCCGGGGGAGGGCCCCCCACCUUGGGGCAGCAGCACCCCCUACCACACCUGCCGCCGGCCGCUGAGCGAGUACCGCACCUACACCUGCGACUACACCCUGCCCCGAGGCAAGGACUGGGACCGGCCGGACAGCGCCCCCUACGGGAACACCCUGCACCGCUGCGACCUUUCGCCUCCGCCCGUCGCCCGUUCCGCCACUGACACGGACCUGGGUGACCUCGGCAACAGUCUUUGUAACAUUAGUCCUGGAGUUGAUAAAAAUCAGACAAUGCUUCAAAGGAAACCGUCAAAUAUCUCGGAUAAAGCCAAAAGCAGCAAGCCAAAGCGCUCCACCAGUUUUGGGCGAUUUGAUGUCUUGAAACAGCACCCAGCCAAGACUGAGGAGAACAGCAGCCAGCCAGCCUCAGAUGGGGAGGCGGGAGUGGAGGUCGCGGACCAGCACAGGCCCGGGGGUCUGGGGAAGAAGAUGCGGGCCAUCUCCCUCACCAUGCGCAAGAAGAUGGGCAGGAGGCACGCCAAGGCCUCCUUCUCCGAGGAUCUGGGCGAGGACGAGGCAGACAAAAACCACGAGGGAGAAGCAGACAGCUCACACCCGACGGACAAAGAUCCGGCGAAGACCAGCAACUCCCAGGAGAGCCUGUACAGCGGCCAGAGCUCCUCCAGUGGGGUCACGAGUGGGUCGGAUGGGUCCAGUGCCAGAGACAGCCUGCGGCUGGAGGAGGAGGUCCCGUACACAGGCCAGUUCUGCGGCAGGGCCCGCGUACACACUGACUUCGUUCCCAGCCCCUACGACAGCGACUCCCUCAAACUGAAGGUCGGAGAUGUCAUCGACAUCAUCAGGAAGCCACCCAUGGGGAUAUGGACGGGGGUGCUCAACAACAAAAUGGGGAGUUUCAAAUUCAUCUAUGUCGACGUCAUCCUAGAGAAAGAGGUGGAAGAACCCAAGAUACGACCACACAGACGGAGCAAGCGGCCGCGACCCAAAACCCUACAGGAGCUGCUGGGGCGUCUCAAUCUACAGGAGUAUGCCUCGGCCCUGCUCCUGAACGGGUGCCAGACGGUGGAGGACCUGCGAGACCUGAAGGAGAAAGACCUGAUCGAGCUCAACGUCUGGAACCCGGACCACCGACAACGGCUGCUGGCUGCAGCAGACUGCCUGCACUACACAGAGAACGACAACAACAAUGAAGAGGAGGUCAUUCCAGAGUCGGUGUCAGGAGGCCCAAAGGGAGAUCAGGAUGAGUGUCCCAGAGACUCCGGCUGCUACGUGACACCGGAGAGCUCGGAAAACUGCAAAGAAUCAGAAACAGAAGCAGAGAGCCAGCCAGCAUCACCUGACCCUUAGUCAUUCAGUACUCUAACCCAAAACAGACGCCAUUUUGCAGUGUCCAUUUGUACAUACCAAAAUGUAUAUGAAAAAUGUGAAUUUAAUGCCUGUUUGACCCGCUUCAUGAAUUUCUGGCAUUUGGUCAUGCUUUGGUUGAGUUAUUUUUGUUUGAACUUUCACUUAAAUUCAAUGUUAUUAUUAUUAUUAUUAUUGCACUUGUUCCUGGUACAAUAUUUCUGUAGUGUUAAUUCCUUGAUUAGGUAUCUUUCCAAACUUGGUCCUGGUCAGACCAUCUGUUGGCCUAUGUGUUUCAGUUGGACCAUAGCCCAAUGUCAGAAGGAGCACAUUUGGGCGAUGCAACCAGGAGCCGUUAAGCGUACCCAGAUCGCUUGGUAUGCUUGCAGAAUGUGAAAAAGUAUGAUGAUAUACCAGACUCAAGAUGGAAGCAGAAUGCUAUACCAAUUCUGUUAUUAUUACUGCAUGUGCAUUUCUGUGUUUUUAUUGUAGUUCUUUUUCGGCUGUGCGAUUAACAAAUUACAUAUACACUCACAGAGCGCUUUAUUAGAAACACCUGCACAACUACUUAUUCAUGCAAUCAUCUAAUCAGCCAAUUGUGUGGCCGCAGUGCAAAGCUUACAAUCAUGCAGAUACGGGUCAGGAGCAUCAGUUAAUGUUCACAUCAACCAUCAGAAUGGGGAAAAAUGAUUGUUGUUGCCAGACAGGGUGGUUUGAGUAUCUCAGAAACUGCUGAUCUCCUGGGAUUAUCACACACGAGUCAUUCUCUGCCAACUCUAGUGUUGGCAGAGAAUGAUACAAAAAACAUCCAGUGAGCAGCAGUUCUGUGGGCAGAAAUACCUUGUUAAUGAGUGAGGUCAGUGGAGAUGGGCCAGACUGGUCAAAGCUGACAGGAAGGUGACAGUAACGCAAAUAAAAACACAUUACAACAGUGGUAUGCAGAAGAGCAUCUCUGAACACACAACGCAUCAAACCUCUAAAUGGUUAGGCCAUAGCAGCAAAGACUUAAUCAGUCUAAAAAAAUUAGUCUAAUAAGUACCUAAUGAAGUGCUUACUGAGUGUACAUGUGGAACUCAAUGAAAGCUAAAGAUAUUUAGAAAAAUGCGUAUGAUUAUUAAUAUUUAUGUUCUUUUUUUGUUAAUUUGCCUUUAGUUUAGUUACCAACAAUUUGUUGGUAACUGUAAGCUAGCUACAAUAUCUUUCUUAACUGAAUUUUUAUCCAAAUGCAUUUUGAGGAUGGUACAAAGUAGCCCGUGUGGUUUCCCAAGCGUCUGUGAGAUUUCAAUAAAUAAUGUAUAUAGUCGGAACUCUAAGACUGAAAUCUAACAGACAGUGGAAAAUGAAUUGUAUUAUUUAUCUUGGAUCUUGUUUGCCUUCCUUAUACUUAUACUUCCUUAUAAGUAGACAAUGCAAUGGCUUCCUGUCAUGAUGUGUCACUUUUCAAAAUGGAAUAUUUUUUCCAAAUAAAAUUGUCACUGUGCAA